AUGCUAGGCUCCUCACCCAGGUGUCGCCAGAUCACCGUAUGGGUACUAUCGUUGAUCUCGGGGGCGUAUGGUAGCACGGCUGCUGAGGACUACCCCGGAGGUAGUGCCUUCGCCCCCACAUCCAUGGGAGCGGCCCCAUCUCUCCCGAGCAAUUUCCAGCUGCAGGCUGAGCUGGGCAUCACCGCCUUUGCCCUGGACUCGACGAGUCAAUCGAGGGUGGUCAACUCGUUUGGCAGCCACCUCCACACCAUCGAGGAGGUGCUGGCAUCUUCCUACGGGUACUCCAUGGUCCGUGCGACUGGCAUCUCGCCGACGACCACGCCCAUCUGCGCCAGGUCCGCCCCGGAGGAGGUUGGCGCGAGCUUUGCCAUCUCCUUCGUGGCGGAGGGGCAAGGCGCGGUCUUCGGCUCGCACGAGGAGCUCACCGAGGCGAUCCGGGAGGCGAUGCGCGGCGUGGACGGCGGCAUCUCGGUGCUCUCCUCUUGCGUCAGCUUCCAGUCCUGGACCGGCUCGGGCGGUGUACUGCCGAAGGCCUCGGGGCCCGACGAGGUCGACAGUCUGCAGGUGCAGGCCGAGCGGGCGGGGUCUGGCGCUGCUGUGGUCUUCCUUCAGCUUGCCGCUUUCACCGUGAGCUGCUUCGUUCUGAUGUUCGUCGUCAUGCAGUUUUCCAGGAUGCAGCAGCUCUGCGCUGGUAUGGUUCGGCAAGAGUUGGGUCACACGGAUGAAUAUGCGGAACAUGUUGAGCAGCAGCAACGCGAUUGCGAUCCAUCAGAUCUUGAGGCGUCGAUUGCAUCAUCAUGCCAGAAGGGAAGCGGGGCAAGUCAGAUUUCUCGCGGGGGAGUGGAAUCUUGGGCCACGCAGACACCCCAGAGUAUCGAAUCCGACACUGAGGUUUCUCUGUUGUCGUCCCGCAGUCCUGAUUAUCCAGGCACGUCGGCGGGUUUCACUGAACCCGGAUUGCAAUCGCAGCACGCUGCUAGGUAUUUGUAA